AUGACGUCUUUUUCUGCGGAAUCAUGGACGCGCAAGCACAAGAUUAUUCUGGGCUUUGAUAUUGGCACAACGUUCUCUGGAGUAUCAUUUGCAUACCUCUUUCCAGAGGGUCCCCAGAUGGUCACGAGAGUGAAUGCAUGGCUCGGGCAGGAAGCCCACGUAGGUGCCAGUAAGAUCCCGACCCUUGUAUGGUACGACAAGAAUAAGAAAGCCACUGCGUUCGGCGCCGAGAUGCAAGACGAAGCAGAGGACAAUGGUUGGAGCCUUGCAGGGAAUUUCAAACUUCAUCUGCACCCCGGAACGAUGAAGAAGAAGCAUGAUUUGACUGUCGAUCUUGUCGACUCGGAGUUGACCAUCUUCGCGACAGCCCUUCCUGAAGGCGUUCCCCUCUCGGCCAUGUACAGAGACUUCUUUGGAUAUCUCAUUAAGCAUACCCAAGACACGUUCGAAGAACGUGUCCUCGAUGGGGCUCGCGUCUGGAAGCUGCAUUUUCCCACUGCUGAUGUUGUCGUUGCCCACCCGAAUGGGUGGGGCCCUAGAGAACAAGAAUUUAUGCGCAGAGCUGCAGUGGCAGCUAAUAUCGUCCCUCAGUCCCAGUCGCGUACCCGGAUCUUCUUUGUCACUGAAGGAGAAGCUUCGGUCCAUUACUGCAUGUUUUACGCCAACCUGGCUUCACAACUCAAGGAAAACAUGAAGUUCAUCGUCUGCGACGCCGGUGGAUCGACAGUCGAUACAACCACCUACUCAGUGUCAAAAGUUCGUCCCCGGCUUCGGCUCCGCGAAGUGAAACCGUCGGCUUGUAUUCAGGCAGGCGGUGUAUUUGUAAAUAAAGCUGCGGAAGAGUACUUCCAACGUGUAUUUUCAAACCCUGAAGCGAAUCUUCCACGCGAUGAAGUUAAAGACUUGGUCAAAAACGCUGUGGAUGCCUUUGAGAUGACCGCCAAGAAAACCUUCAAGAAUGCAACGAGUAAAGGAAGCUUGGACCUAGGACUGAGCCGAUACACUAAUCCGGCUGUUGGUGUAAGGCGUGGGCGGAUGGCGCUGGACGGGACAACCAUACGGACAUUCUUCCAACCAUUCGUGGAUCAGAUUGUCGAGUCUUUGAAGGAGCAAAUGUCCGGUAUCAAUUGCGAGCACAUAUUGGUUGUUGGAGGAUCUAAAGCAGUAUCGGAUGGUAUGAUUAUGUGGCAUGCCACAUGCUUAGUCACUGCACGUGCUUGCCGCUUCGACUAUGGGGUGUCCAACAGCACGCCGUACGAUUCGGAGGACCCGCGGCACACUAGGCGAACACCGUACUCCUCAUUUGAUGGGGGAAAUAAGAUUUCUGAUGUGUGGUGUCCCCUCGUCAGGCGCGGAAACAUCCACCAGCCGAACGACGAUGUUGAGCUUGGUUGGAGCCGCAGUUACGCAACUCCUCCUAACCUUUGCCAUAUAACAAAGACCAUAUAUGCUUACACCUUAAAUGGGCAGGAAGAGCCCCACUUUAUAACGGAUCUCUACGGAACCCUUGCACCGGGAUUUGAGGAAAUUUGCACUAUCUCUGCAGAUAUGAGCGGAUUAUCUGGGGCUCUUGAAGAGUGUCAGGGAGUGCAGGGGAAAUACUGGAAAUUGCGUUUCAACAUCUGCAUCAAAUUUGGGGGAACAGAGCUUCAAGCGUAUAUUACAUGGACCGAGGAUGGAAAGAACCGCACAAGUGAGGCUCAAAUUAUCCCGAACUCGCUGAUGUGA